AUGACGACAAAUCUUGAAGAACUCCAUUUAUCAAUUUUAUCUUCUAUUCGUCCAAACUCUUUCAGUCGAUUUGAAGUACCAAGAACAUUAUAUAAAUUACACUUAGAACUUGAUCAGGAUGAUACACAAGAACAACAAUCAAAUUUUAAUAUUACAAUGAAUCAUCUGAAAAAUCUUUCAUAUAUUAAAAUUGAUUAUUUUGAAAAUUCACCACUUGAUGAUCCAUUUUCACUUGAAAAUAUUAUUGAAAAACGUCGUCAAGCAUUUCCCAUGAAUAUUAUUCAUGAACAACUUAUCAAUGUCAAAAAUGAUGGAGAAGUUAUAGAAAUUUGGUUAAAAUGA